AGAGAUGUAACGGAUGUCUGCAUAGAUGGAACGCCAUCCUCAACACAUCCCAUUGAGACAAUUCAGAACAGUCAAAGAAAGGAGGAGGAGGAGGAGGAGGAGCCAGCGUGGACUGCUGCAGAAAAAUGAACAAGCACGGCUCCCCUUGAACUGGUUUGGGAACAACGGGAGGGACGGAGCACCUGUAACUGAGGCAGUACACUCGUCUGUAGACGGAUUAGCAUAAAGUCUCUCCGCCCGUCACCCUGGGAUCUACGGAGGCAAGCGGGGUGCCAGUGUCGGCCAUGAAGCUGGUCAACAGAGGAGGAGGAGGAGGUGGUGGUGGUGGGGGAGCAGGAGGUGCAGGAGGAGGAGAGAAGACAGCUUUUUCCUUCAAGAAGUGCUCUGCCUUUCAGUUUGUCAAGAGGAAGGUGCGGAGAUGGAUGAGGAAUCCCAAAGUGAGUGUGGAGAAAGUCCAAGGCAAAGGUCUCCUCUACCCGUGUCCCAAGUGUCCCUUGUCCGAGGACCUGUGGUACACGCACUUCCCCUCGCCGUACGGCUGCUGCCACUAUGCCGGCUUGCACGGCGCCCACCACUACCAACACGCCGAGCCGCCAUCGCCGUGUUCCAACAGAGAACAAGUCAAGAGUCGGGACAAGAGCAAAGGCUGCAAGGUCAGGAAGUGGAAGAUGCUAUCUGGUCAGAUGAAGGAGUCCGAGCCAGAUGCCCAUCUGGGCUGCUGUCAGUCUUGGGGGGCUCACUGCUCGCCCUUCCUGGCCAGCCCCGUCAUGGUGGAGUGCUCCAUCUGUAGCGGACCUUACAUCAGCUACGCCCUGGAGGACACCUGGCAGCCACGCCAGCGCACGCAGGCCAUGGACCUUUACUACCACAAUGAGUCAGACCCGGACAGCUACUGUUGCCCUGGCGACAACGCUUUUAUGAAACAGAGGAGAAUGGGUUUGAACGACUUCAUUCAGAGGCUGGCUACAAAUUCCUACGCCUGUAAACAUCCUGAGGUGCAGUCCAUCCUCACCUUGAGUCCUCCGCAGGAUGCCGAGCUCAUGAAUACCAACCCCUCUCCUCCGCCUAGCCCAACCCAGCAGAUAAACCUCGGCCCGUCGUCCAACCCCUCAGCCAAGCCCAGCGACUUCCACUUCCUCAAGGUCAUCGGCAAGGGCAGCUUCGGCAAGGUGCUGCUGGCCCGCCACCGCGCCGACGACCAGUUCUACGCCGUCAAGGUCCUGCAGAAGAAGGCCAUCCUCAAGAAGAAGGAGGAGAAGCACAUCAUGUCAGAGCGAAAUGUGCUGCUGAAGAAUGUCAAGCAUCCUUUCCUGGUGGGGCUGCACUACUCCUUCCAGACGGCAGACAAGCUCUACUUCAUUCUGGACUACAUCAAUGGAGGCGAGCUCUUCUACCACCUCCAGCGAGAGCGUUGCUUCCUGGAGCCCAGGGCGCGCUUCUACGCCGCCGAGAUCGCCAGCGCGCUAGGCUACCUGCACUCCCUCAACAUCGUCUACCGGGACCUGAAGCCGGAGAACAUCCUGCUGGACUCACAGGGUCACAUCAUCCUCACUGACUUCGGCCUGUGCAAGGAGAACAUCGAGCCCAACGGGACCACUUCCACAUUCUGCGGCACGCCGGAGUAUUUAGCUCCAGAGGUGCUCCACAAGCAACCUUAUGACCGCACGGUGGAUUGGUGGUGUUUAGGAGCCGUUCUCUACGAGAUGCUCUACGGCCUGCCUCCCUUCUACAGCCGCAACACGGCGGAGAUGUACGACAACAUCCUGAACAAACCCCUGCAGCUGAAGCCCAACAUCUCCAACGCGGCCAGACACCUGCUGGAGGGCCUGCUGCAGAAGGACAGAACCAAGCGACUGGGAUGCACAGACGACUUUCUUGAAAUCAAGAACCACAUGUUCUUCUCACCCAUCAACUGGGAUGAGCUCAACGCCAAGAAGAUCACGCCUCCCUUCAACCCCAACGUGACGGGCCCUAACGACCUACGACACUUUGACCCCGAGUUCACAGACGAGCCGGUGCCCAGUUCCAUCGGCUGCUCGCCCGACAGCGCCCUGGUGACGGCUAGCAUCAAAGAGGCUGCCGAGGCCUUUGUGGGCUUCUCUUACGCCCCUUCCAUGGACUCCUACCUAUAGGACUCCCCAACAUCAGGACUCUUAUCAUAUAGACUAGCAUUUCCAGCCGGGAUUGAUAUUUUGGGAAAGCGUCCUGUUUGGUUGUUUGUGUGUAAAUACACCAACGUUCCUCCACACCAACCGUUAUUCCCCAUGAAAAUGCACAAAUUCCCAAAUACCAAACAAGCGCAGAGGUCCCUUUGCACACGGAUGGCUCCGGCAAGUCAAUAAGCACACGUGUCUUCAUCUACGUAGCGACUCAUCCUCAUCGUCAUCCUGGUCCCAACUUCACUUUGGGUGCUUUUUGUUCAAUGUCCUGGAAAGAGACGGGAGUCGGAUGAAUGUUACAGAGCGGGCUUCUUAAGGUGCCUUUUUGUUCUCUCCCUCACGCUGGACCGGUCCGCACUUCAAGUCACUCCCUCCCUCAUUUUUUCAGACUGCAGGUGGGAAGAUCCGCCACAAGAGGCCGCUGUAGCACACAGACUCAUGAGCCGUGUUAAUUGCACGCCAAACAGAAAUAAUGCUGAUAACCAAGAGAGACUUGCUGCUAUUGUCGUAGCACGUGUUGCCAAGAGCCCCCACCCAGCGGAACAUUCCAUUUCAAUGUUGCUGUUGAGCACUAUUUAAGUUUCUUUGUAUAUUUGGAGUCAAGUGUACUAGUUGUAAUGUAUAUUGAUUUACAGAUGACUAAAAGGUAUGCGUAGAUGUGCUUAUUGGUUGUAACCAUUCAUGUUUCAAUGUACUGUAAAUUCAAAAAUUGUUUCAAGAUUUGUGAACUUUGCUGCUUUGCAAUAAAAGGUUGAACUUUA